AUGUCAUAUCUUUCCAACCUUCCAAAAACAACCACUUCCUCUACAACCACACCACAUCAACCACCUCCACCGUCAACCGCCUUCAAUCUGAACAAGAAUUCUUACCCAUCGGCCUCUGCUGUGGCAAGCCAUCCGCUCCAGGCCUCCCGUCACACAGACAACCGGACGACAGGGACGGCCAACGGUAGACGACGGGUUCGUGCCUGUCCUCGUAACAAGAUGACUGGAGACAAGCGCCAGAAGCGUCGGAAUACACAAAGGAAGGACUACACGAGAAAUGGUGAAGGACAGCCACCUCAAAAGAGGGCGAAACUCAACGAAAAGACGAAAAAGGCAGGCUCGCAAGCAUCCGUGGCCUCAAAGCCCUCUCAGGAUGGCGGUGAAGUCUCACCAACACCACCCGCGCCAGCAGCUGCAAAAGGGGUGAAGUCACGCAGCAAGAAGCAGAAAGUCGAGGAUCCUGACGACUCUUAUUCGGAGAAGAAACCAACAGCCAAGAAGCGGAAGCGCAACGUGGACAAGAAUUCUGGCAGCCCCAACGCGGCAGAGGUGGAGAAACCGAAGAAGAAACCGAAGACGGCGGCAGCAACCAAGACCCCGAAGAAAGCGCCAGAACACGAGGCCACUCCCAAAGCUCCGGAGCAGCCCCCAGUCAUCCUUAAACUGAAGAACACUCGCAAGCCUCCCACUCCAACCGGCGAAAAGCCUUUGUUCCCAGCAAAACCCGCAGAGAACCAGGCUCCCAAGUCUCCACCAGGCGCCGAAGGCUACAAGCAGUACAACGCCGAGUUCCAGAACUUCCCGCCAGGGGAGAUCCAGUACAACCGUACGAAGGGUGCUGAUGCCACCACCUGGCUCGUCCAAUACAGGGAGCGACUCGAAGACGGUGGCCAGAUCUUAUUCUUCAACCAUAAGGAGCAUCUUGGUGGGCCCUUCGCCUUCCUGUCCAACUUCUUUCCCAGCAAGUUCACUCAGACGGACAUUCAUCCCACCUAUACCUUCCGGUUCGUCGAACAGGCCUACCAGUACCGAAAGGCCGUCUUCAUUGGCUUUGUGGGUACGCGAACGUCAAACAUAUCGACUCCGCCUCUGAAAUCGACGGAUCUUGUACACGUCGUACUCAGCGACACUCUCUCUCCCAAUGAAAUCGCCCGCUUCGGCCGUCUUUUUGCGCGCCAUCCCGACACAGAGUGGCGUGCGGUAUGGAACUCUUUGUGGGAGACUGCGAUCGACGAACUACUACAACAAGCGCUCACGGCGAAGUUCGAGCAGAACCAAGACCUGAAGGAGCUGCUCAUGAUGACUGGUAGCUUCGAACUUGUCGAGGCGUCAAAACAGGAUCACGCCUGUGGAAUCGGCUUUUACGCACGCCACGCACUAGGCAACGAGAGCAGUUGGGGAACGAACCUCUUGGGCAAGAUGUUGAUGAGAGUCAGGGAGGAGAUUCGCGAGAAGGAGCCCGGAUGGCCUACUACGAUGGCAUUCGAGUACUUUCACGCAUACGAACAGAUGUUGGCAAAGAAGCGAAGCCACAGCCUCUCCCAAGAACAAGAGAGAGAGGAGCGCCGGCGUCUCUGGGGUUUGAAGGCGGCGUGGGUAGCCCAGGGGAGCCAGAAUUCUGGCUCGCCAGCGUCAGUCAACGCCAACACAGGUACUACCAGCCAAGGCACAGCGGCCGCAGGUAAUGGCCCAGGACCAGUCCAGGUGUAUCAGAGGCCGUACACGACCAACAAGUGGAACAAAAACUACGAUGCCGACACAAGAUACGAAACUCUGGUGAAAUAUUUCAAGGACGAGACCAAAUGGAAGUCAGGCUGGAAGGCGCUCAUCACCGAGCAGGGGGCCUUUCAGUUGCUCGGCGAUCUCCUCUUUUGCAUGAAGAAGGGCCCAACCGAGCAGAUCAGUCUGAGAAUGGACCACUGUCUGCAAAUCUUGUCUUCUCGCAAUACUCACGGACUACGAGACCGUUUCGGCGGUGGUUUCGCAGAGGAGGACCGCAGCGCGAUCAGCUCAAUUGUCGAAAAAUACCACACGGAGCACGCGCAUUGGGAUCCCAUCGAAUUCAUUCGACCAGAGGAAGAGUAG